AAAGGACAAAUAAGUCUCUGACCUUUUAACCCGCGGACAUUUUCGUCCCUGACCAUUAGAAAAUACUUUUAAAUCCCCGACCUUCACAAAAAUUAGAUGGAUAAGUCCCUCCGUCUAAAUGCCUCCGUCAGACUCAACGGAAAAGUCUGACAUGGCUCCCGUUCUGAUGACUUGGCGUCAUAGAUACACACGUGGACUGAUGAGUCAACAGGAUAGUUUCAAAAAUUGGACAAAUAAAUCCCUCAAUCCUAAAACUACGUCGUUUCCCGUUUGGCCCUAAAUGGCCCCUUCUUCUUCCUCCUCCUCUUCUGUAAGGGCCCGCUUCAAGAAGAUGAUUAGAGAAGCUCAGGACCCCGUCUGCACCGCCCUUGAGGCCGCCGACGGCGGGGCUAGCUUCAAGGAGGACGUUUGGUCCAGGCCCGGCAGUGGUGGUGGCAUCAGUAGGGUUCUCCAAGACGGGGCCAUUUGGGAGAAGGCUGGAGUUAAUGUCUCCGUUGUUUAUGGCAUCAUGCCGCUAGAAUCUUACCGCGCUGCAAAAGCUGCCGCUUCUUCUUACCAGAAGCCUGGUCCUAUCCCGUUCUUCACCACUGGAAUCAGCUCCGUUUUGCAUCCGAAGAACCCAUUUGCCCCAACCUUGCAUAUUAUGAUUUUCUAUCCUUAUUUUAGAGCUGUUUCUCCUACAGAUGCUCCUGGAGCACCUAGGCAGUGGUGGUUUGGCGGGGGGACUGACUUGACUCCUGCUUACAUUUUCGAGGAGGAUGUUAAACACUUCCAUUCGGUAUAUUCUCAAUGCAAAAAUAUUAGUUCAUGACAUUUUUGUGAUUUAGAUUUAGAAUUUUAGGGAGAAAACAAGUCAAGUAAAACACUAAUGAA